CAAAAAGCGAGAGGAUGGAGCGAGUGAAGUAAAGAAAAAAAAAAGAAUCCCUGCUGUUUUAUUUCUCACGGCCACUUUUUUUUUUUUUUUCUGGGCGCUUGUGUUGGAAGCCGGAGCGAGGUUUGGAUGCAGGGGAGUAGCUGACAGCAGCUGUGUGUCUCUGUGAUCAGAUUUCACCAGCUGAGCUGAGAGCCGCAGCAGCUCUGAGGCUCCGCUCUCUAUCGCCUCCUUUGCUCAUUUUUCCCCAUGUUGGCGGAGCGUCUCUAAAACGCUCAAACGAAGAAAAGAACCACAGCAAAUACCGGGAUUUAUUCCCCAGCAUCUUUCUCUCCUCCUCUUCUUUUUACUUUAUAUAUUUUUUUGCAGGAAAUAAUUAGCCUGGGAGCUUCCGAUUUAAAUUAAUCCCAAUAAUAAAGGGUGGCCGAAGACAUGGACGAGCAGCCCAGGUUGAUGCACUCUCACACGGGGGUAGGCAUGGCGGGGCACCCCGGUCUGCCGCAGCAUUUGCAGGAAGGCACCGGAGGAGCUGACGGCGACGGAAGGAAGCAGGACAUUGGAGACAUUUUACAGCAAAUCAUGACCAUCACGGACCAAAGUCUGGACGAAGCCCAGGCCAGGAAACACGCUCUCAACUGUCACCGAAUGAAGCCGGCCCUUUUCAACGUCCUGUGUGAAAUCAAAGAGAAGACAGUGCUCAGCAUCCGCGGCGCCCAGGAGGAGGAGCCUCCAGACCCACAGCUCAUGCGCCUGGACAACAUGCUGCUGGCGGAGGGCGUGUCCGGCCCGGAGAAAGGCGGGGGCUCGGCAGCGGCAGCGGCUGCAGCGGCCGCCUCAGGAGGGGUGGGGGCCGACAACUCAGCGGAGCACUCGGACUACAGGGCCAAGCUGUCCCAGAUCCGACAGAUCUACCACACAGAGCUGGAGAAGUAUGAGCAGGCCUGUAACGAGUUCACCACCCACGUGAUGAACCUGUUGCGGGAGCAGUCGCGCACGCGGCCCAUUUCGCCCAAAGAGAUCGAGCGCAUGGUGAGCAUCAUCCACCGCAAGUUCAGCUCCAUCCAGAUGCAGCUGAAACAGAGCACCUGCGAGGCCGUCAUGAUCCUGCGCUCCCGCUUCCUGGACGCCAGGCGGAAAAGACGAAACUUCAACAAGCAGGCGACAGAGAUCCUGAACGAGUAUUUCUACUCUCACCUCAGUAACCCGUACCCCAGCGAGGAGGCCAAAGAGGAGCUGGCCAAGAAGUGUGCCAUCACAGUGGCCCAGGUUUCCAACUGGUUUGGGAAUAAAAGAAUCAGAUACAAGAAAAACAUUGGUAAGUUCCAAGAAGAAGCCAACAUGUAUGCCGCCAGAACUGCCGUGAAUGCGGCUAAUGCAUCCUCACAUGGAAGCCAAGCAAAUUCACCCUCCACUCCAAACUCUGCAGGUUCUGCUGGCUCUUUUAACAUGUCAAACUCCGGGGACUUGUUCAUGAGCGUGCAGUCUCUCAAUGGGGACUCGUACCAGGGGGCUCAGGUGGGAGCCAACGUGCAGUCGCAGGUGGAUACCCUUCGCCAUGUUAUCAGUCAGACAGGCGGAUACAGUGAAGGACUCACAGCCAACCAGAUGUACAGUCCGCAGGGCAUCAAUGCAAACGGCGGCUGGCCCGAUGCUCCGACCCCCUCCUCAGUGACUUCCCCCACAGAAGGACCCGGAAGCGUUCACUCCGACACCUCCAACUGAUCCCCCCCCCCACCCACCAUCAUCACCGCCCCUCCAGUCUUUGAAAUCCCCCACCCAUCCUGCAGGACUGGAUGCGAUCUGAGGCAGUUGGGGGUCUGGAGACGAUGCAUCCACCAUCAAGGACAACAUUUGUUUUCUUUUUCGGUCUGAGGGGGGGCUCAUGUCUGGACUUCACAGUUUGUACAUUUUCCACUCGAUGUCCAAGUUUGCUUCCCGUUAGGAGCUCCGAGUCAGCAGCUGAAAGCCGGACGUCCUCUUUCAUCAAACACACUACCUCUGCUUUCAGUUCCAGCUCAGCAGACGUUUCAGAUGCUUCCCUCUUAUUGACAUUUAGAGCUGCAUCCCCUCUCCUAAAGGUCCGUUCUGGUUCCCCCGUCAGGUUUGUGUUUUUCAGUGGUGCCAAAGUUCAGCCCUGGACGGGAAUUUGGGGUUUGUGUCAUUACAACAAUUCCAGUCUGAGUUACUUUCUAUAGCACCGACUCCUCUGGAGCUUCUUCCACAUUUUGUCGGGUUGCAGCCAUAAAUCUCACCCUAGUUUAUUAAGGUUGGGUUUUUAUGUGCAAUGGUGCAAAACUAGCAAGAGCAUGUCCUGAUGCAUCUUAAUCCAGUAGAAAAAAGUGAUGCUCUAUAUAUCAACGUCCAUGCCGGACAUUUUUAAGCAUAUCAGUAUCGCUCCGAGAGGUCAAACUGGCAACGUUUAAUUCCAUGCAGUUGCUGUUUUGGUUUCAGGGGGUCAUGUUUAUGUAUUAAGCAAACACUUUUAUCCAAAGCGACUUACAAAGUAGAAACAAUGUUAGAAUAACGUAGGGAUUAGCAUAAAGGAGCUUCCUAAGCACCCAAAAUGGCAGCUCGUCCCACCCAGCAGGGAUUUGAACUGGGGCCUCCUGUGUGCAAGUCAAGUGAAGCCGGGCUAACCUGACUCCGCCAGAUGGAUUUGCUCCGCAUAUCCAUCUGGAAACCUUCCGUUGAAGUAAUUUUGGGAAGGGGCGAAAAUACUGGUUAGCUGAUUGGCCUAUGUUGG